GUCACCCGUUCCUCUCUGCCCGGCCCUUCUCAGGCUGGGUGGCAGCCAGCCGGAGACUCGGCCCUGGAAGACGGCCGUUACCGAGUGCAGACGCCACCAGCGGGAGAGACCAGGAUGAAUGCAGAGCCUGGGAAGAAAUUUGGUGUGGUCGUGGUUGGUGUUGGCAGAGCCGGCUCCGUGAGGAUACGGGACUUGCAGGAUCCACACUCGUUAGCAUUCCUGAACCUGAUUGGUUUUGUGUCCAGACGAGAACUUGGAAGCCUUGAUGAAGUACGGCAGAUUUCUUUGGAAGAUGCUCUCUGCAGCCAGGAGAUUGAUGUCGCCUACAUCUGCAGUGAGAGUUCCAGCCACGAAGACUACAUAAGGCAGUUUCUUCAGGCCGGCAAGCAUGUCCUCGUGGAAUACCCCAUGACUUUGUCUUUUGCAGCGGCCCAGGAGCUAUGGGAGCUGGCUGCACAGAAAGGGAAAGUCCUGCAUGAGGAGCAUUUGGAACUCUUGAUGGAAGAAUUUGCAUUCCUGAAAAAGGAAGUGACGGGGAAAGAGCUGCUGAAAGGGUCUCUUCACUUCACAGCUAGCCCACUGGACGAAGAGAAAUUUGGCUUCCCUGCAUUCAGUGGCAUUUCUCGCCUGACCUGGCUAGUGUGCCUCUUUGGGGAGCUUUCUCUUAUUUCUGCCACCUUGGAAGACCGAAAAGAAGAUCAGUAUCUGAAAAUGACUGUGCAACUCGAAACCCAGAGCAAGGGGACGUUGUGCUGGAUUGAAGAGAAAGCGCCCGGUUUAAAAAGAAACAGAUAUUUAAAUUUCCAAUUCAAAUCUGGGUCCCUGGAGAAUGUGCCAAAUGUAGGGAUCGAUAAGAAAAUUUUUCUGAAAGAUCAGGAUCUAUUUAUUCAGAAACUCUUGGGCCAGGUGUCUGCAGAGGACCUGGCUGCUGAGAAGAAGCGGAUCAUGCAUUGCCUGGGUCUGGCCGAUCACAUCCAGAAACUCUGCCGCCCUGAGAAGUGAGGAGGAAGCUCCGAAUACCUGAGAAGGGCUAGGGUUUGGUUUUAUCAACACUUCCAUCUAUAGCUCUAACAGUUAAAUACAUUGAAUAAACGGAACGAGAGAAGUGUCGUGAA